AAGUUUAUUGGCAGCAUUACCAUUUCCUAGUUGUUACGUUUUAUCUUGUAGGCUGCACUUAACUUAUUAUUGGUUAGUGUGACUUAUCAGGGUUAGUGCAUGCGCACUCAAAAAGCAGAACUGCAGCCAAAUCUUUUGUCGCAUGCACAGAGGAAAAGGGGAACUGCGGCAAAGUUAGUAAAUUUUAGUAACCUCUUAUCUUAGCGUAACCUUAGGGCACUGGGCAGGGAUAACUUUAAGAUGCAAGGCAAGUAGUAAGAACAGCAGACCACAGCUAAGUUGUUAGGCCUUAUGAUCUUGCACAAGGGUUAUAAGAUGGUUAUAAGACACUUCUAUUAUAUAGUUGCUGCUCAAGCAUUAUUUUAAAAUCAUGGAGUUUAACCUAUUUUUACUAUAUCUUCAUCGGUGAUCUGGACGAGGGGGUGGGAAGCACCCUGCCCAGAUUCACAGACAACACAAAACUAUGGGGUGCAGCUAACACCCUGGAGAGGAGGAGCCAGAUCCAGGCCGACCUCGACAGGUUGGGGAAGUGGGCAGAGAGCAACAGGAUGCAAUUCAAUAAGGACAAGUGCAAGGUGCUGCACCUAGGGAGGAAGAACUGCCAUCGUACCCACAGGCUGGGGGGCGACCGUCUCAGCUCCACUGAGGCAGAAAGAGAUCUUGGAGUCACGGUUGACCCCAGGAUGAACAUGAGUUGCCGAUGUGAUGAAGCAGUCGGCAGAGCCAGUCACACCUUGUCGUGCAUCCGUAGGUGCUUCACAAACAGGUCCAGGGAGGUGAUCCUCCCCCUCUCUACGCGGCACUGGUCAGGCCGCGGCCGGAGUACUGUGUCCAGGUCUGGACGCCGCCAUUCAAGCGGGACGCGGACAACCCGGAGAGGGUCUAAAGACGAGCCACUCGUCUGAUUAGACACCUGCAGGGCAGGCCUUACGAGGAAAGGCGAAGGGACCCGAACCUCUUCAGCCUCCACAAGAGAAACGAAACUCAGCCGCUGCAGCAGCCGGUCCCAGCUCCCCUCACUUCCACCUCCCGUGCCGGAGGAAGCAGGCAGCAGGCAUGGCUCUCCAGCAGCCCAUCAUGAACCCGACCAUCCCCUUCUCCGGACCCAUCUUUGGAGGCCUGGUGGAGGGCAAGAUGCUGCUGAUCCAGGGGCAGGUUGGAUCCCAGGGGAAGAGGUUCGCAGUGAAUCUGCGGUGUGCGAACAACGACAUCGCCUUCCACUUCAACCCGCGCUUCGACGAGAGCCGCCCCGUGGUCGUGUGCAACACGGAGCAGGGCAGGCACUGGGGGCCCGAGGAGCGGACCUACAUUAUGCCCUUCCAGCAUGGCACCUAUUUUGAGAUGAUCACCAAAGUCCAGGGCCACUGCUACCAGGUGGCCGUGAAUGGCCAGCAGUUCCUGGAGUACAGGCACCGCGUCCCCUUCCUCAGCGUCCAGAUCCUGGAGAUCAGCGGGGACGUGACCGUGAACUGCAUCAGCUUCACAGGUGCUUUGGUGACCCCGGCGUGCGCCCCUCCACCAUACGGGAUGGUCCCCGGCAGCGCCUCCGGUGUGAUUUUCCAUCAGAUGUUUGGACCUCCGGCUCCCGGCAGGAAGAAGGGAAAGCACUGCCUAGGAUGGGCCCCAGCGGCCACGGUGCAACACCCGGCCUGGCCCCAACCCCCCUGCCACCGCAAGGGCCCUGUGACCGUGUCCAACCCGAAUGUCCCGUUCCAGGCCGCUCUCCUCAGGGGCCCCCACACCCCCCUCAAGAUCACGAUCGUGGGCAACGUGCCCUCCAACGCCAACAGAUUCCACGUCAACCUGAAGAACGCCCUGACGGGCAACACGGCCCUGCACAUCAACCCCCGGCUGCGGGAGGGCGCGCUGGUCAGGAACACCCAGACCAGCGGGUCCUGGGGCUCGGAGGAGAGGCACGUCUCCACCAUGCCCUUCGCGGCGGGGCAGGCCUUCCAGAUGGAGAUCAAGAGCACGGCCACCUGCUACCGGGUCAUGGUGAACGGGCGGCACGCGUUCGACUACAACUACCGCAUCCCCGACAACCAGGUGGAUCAGAUGGAGGUCGAUGGGGACGUGGGCCUCUCCUACGUGCAGUACUGACGGGAGUCCCCGCACGGGGAGGCCUUGGCCCCGUCCUGCGACCAAACCCGCAUGGCCGGGCCGCAGACCUUUGCCCCGCGGCUCGCGCCAUCUCGGUGUGGGGCUGCAGGGGCAGGAAGGGCUUGGUCGCCCCUCGCCUCUUCCUCCCACGUGAAUUCUGGUUCGUAGAGCAGCUUCUCGCUCUCCCUGCUUGGCUUUUGGCCGCGUGAGCACACCCUGUUCUGCGCCGGCCGUGUGGGCCUCACGCAACCCUGCUGGCAAUAACAGUAAAGGACAUCUCCACUCUG